GAAAAGAAGAAGAAAAGGGUUUUCUUCGGUUGUUUUAAGUAAAAAAAAUAAAUAUAUUGAAAAAUAAUUAAUAAAAAGAAAAAAAUAGAUAUGCGCGCGUCCUUAACCCUUUAAGUACCGCCGGCAUCUCCUCCAUUUAUUUACUUCAAUCGCUGUUCUCAUUUCCAUUUCUCUCCUCCCAUCUCCGCCGCCUCCGCCUCCGCCUCCGCUUCCGCUUCCGUACAGAUUUACUGAGAUUGACAUCUAGAAGACUUGUUCGGGCAACCAAGACCAAGUCAUUAUCGGCCAUGGCAACUGAACACGUUGAAUAUAUGGGCAGUUUGAAGGCACAGUUAGCAAAAUUGUUUGAAGUUUCGCUUAAAGUGACUGUUCCUAACGAGCUGGAUGUAGAGCCAUUGGUUGCUGCCUGUAAUGGAAAAUUUGGUGAUUACCAGUGUAACAAUGCCAUGGGCCUCUGGUCUAAAAUAAAAGGGAAGGGUGCUCCAUUUCGUGGGCCUCCUGCAGUUGGAGAGGCAAUAAAAAAUAAUCUCCCAACCUCUGAAAUGAUCGAAUCAUGCUCCGUAGCUGGGCCUGGAUUUGUAAACGUAGUGUUGUCAAAGAAUUGGAUGGCUAAGAGCAUUCAAAAGAUGCUAAUUGAAGGUAUUGAUACGUGGGCACCAUUGCCGCCAGUUAAAACAGCAGUUGUUGACUUUUCAUCCCCUAACAUAGCAAAAGAAAUGCAUGUUGGUCACUUGAGGUCUACAAUUAUUGGUGACACACUGGCUCGCAUGCUAGAAUUUUCAAAAGUGAAAGUUCUUCGGCGGAACCAUGUUGGUGACUGGGGGACACAGUUUGGCAUGCUGAUUGAGUUCCUUUUUGAAAAGUUUCCAAACUUUGAAGAUGCCACUGAAACAGCCAUUGGAGAUCUACAGGCAUUUUAUAAAGCUUCCAAGCAGAGAUUUGAUGCUGAUCCUGCAUUUAAGGAGAGAGCUCAACAGGCAGUGGUGCGCCUUCAGGGUGGUGAAGACAAAUAUCGUAGGGCAUGGGCACAGAUAUGUCAAAUCAGCCGUACUGAAUUUCAUAAAGUCUAUCAACGGCUUGGAGUCCAUCUAGAGGAAAAGGGGGAAAGCUUUUAUAACCCAUACAUUCCAGGGGUAAUAGAAGCAUUGAAUAAACAGGGAUUAGUCGAGGAAAGUCAGGGAGCUCGAGUGAUCUUUAUUGAAGGCAUUAAUAUACCUCUUAUUGUGGUGAAGAGUGAUGGUGGUUUCAACUAUGCAUCAACUGAUCUGGCUGCUCUUUGGUAUCGCCUCAAUGAAGAGAAAGCUGAAUGGAUUAUAUACGUUACUGAUGUAGGCCAGCAGCAGCAUUUUGAUAUGUUUUUCAAAGCAGCCAAACGUGCAGGGUGGCUUCCUCAAGGUGAUAGUUCAUAUCCCAAAGCCAGCCAUGUUGGUUUUGGCCUUGUCCUUGGAGAAGAUGGAAAACGUUUUCGAACCCGUAACACUGAAGUUGUUCGACUAGUUGAUCUACUUGAUGAAGCCAAGGUUCGAAGUAAAGCAGCACUUAUUGAGCGCGGUAAGGGUGAAGAAUGGACUGAGGAGGAGAUCGAGAGUACUGCUGAAGCAGUCGGUUAUGGUGCAGUAAAGUAUGCUGACUUGAAAAACAACCGGUUGACCAAUUAUACAUUUAAUUUUGACCAGAUGCUUAAUGAUAAGGGCAACACUGCUGUUUAUUUGCUAUAUGCUCACGCUCGAAUCUGUUCAAUCAUCCGGAGGUCUGGUAAAGACAUAGAGGAACUGAAGAACAAGGGGACAUUAGUAUUGGGGCAUAAGGAUGAGCGUGAUUUGGGGCUUCACUUGCUGCAGUUUGCUGAGGUUGUCGAAGAGGCCUGCACCAAUUUGUUGCCAAACGUUUUGUGUGACUACCUCUAUAAUUUAUCUGAAAUCUUCUCAAAGUUUUACAGUAACCCCGAGUGCAAGGUUAUCGGGUCAGAUAUGGAAACGAGUCGACUACUAUUAUGUGAAGCAACUGCCGUGGUUAUGCGAAAAUGCUUCGAUCUCCUAGGAAUCACACCUAUUUACAAGAUUUGAUCUUUGGUAAUCUUGAAACCUCUUGAGAAAGGGUUUUAAAUUCAUAUAUCAAGUCAGUUAUAUACAGAUCUCAUUACUCCUACAAAUCAACAGUUACACGCGGUAAGCGUCUUCAAUCCCGUUGUUGAUGGAAUUACGCCACGAGGUGCUUGGUUUAAUUUUAGCAUCUGUUCAGUUUGCUUGAGAAAUUUCCACUUGUAUUUUCAUUUUGGAUGACCCGCAUUGCUAUUUAAGCAUAUUUCAAAAUUUCCUCAUUGCAAUUUAAGGAUUUCGACAGUCUGGACGAACUCCAAGUUUGCAAACGGAAUGCAAUCUCGAUGAAAUGGUUGAACAUGUUAACGCAAUUUGAACCAACUCGAAUAGUUGGUUCAUGCAGUUAUCUUGAAAAGGUGGGUUCGGAUUUAACAUUUGUGAUUUCUUUAUCAGAUUGUAACAUCUUUUGUACAAAAAAACCCAAAACCCUAAGCUUUUAUGAUAGAGUAUAUUUAAUGAA